CAAGCGAGCGAGCGCACUCCCGUCUCCCACCCCCAAAAAGGCCUCGCGAUGCCGAUGGACGAGCGGCUGGUGGCCUCCAUGUCGGCCUUCUGGCUGGGCGUGGCCGUGCUGUCGCCAUGCUUCGUGCCGCGCAGCGAGAACCGCGGAGUCAUCCGCUGCAUGCUGGUGUGCAGCGCCGCGUGCCUCUACCUCAGCUGGCUGUGCACCUACCUGGCGCAGAUCAACCCGCUCGUGGGUCCCGCGCUGCCAAAGCCCGCGCUGCUCCUGCUCGACCAGUACUGGACCCCCAGGGACAACCACAGCGCGCCGCCCGGCCAGCACUAGUCCCCAUACAUAUACACGCGUAGUGUAGGCUCGCCACACACGCGCUAUUAAAGCACCUAUACGGGCGGGAGACUGUAGCUCCGAGCACCGGUCUUCCCUUCUUUGACCCAUGGUGUAAGAACAGGCCGAGUUAGUGCGCAACGUUUCCACUGUUAACGGAGUACUCCACGCAUGACGUUUCAGGACUCGUUUUCUUUCUUUUUUUUCUUUUUCAUUAAAUGAAGGUCUUCGACCACGCAACCGUAGAGGCAAUACUGACGAGCCCCUGUGCGCCAUGAAAGUAACAGCUGUCAUACCAAUCCCGGUUUCGGUUUUGCUCCACGGGAGAUGCCUGUCAUGGCGCAGAAGAUGGACGCGCGGGAGCAGAACGUCGCGACGAUUUGACACUCGCUCUGGCUCGUUGUUCGGUCCUCUGCUAAACUGCUUCGUCGGACUGCGCAGCCCGACUCGACUAUAUGCUCUUAGAAUGUGAUUCCUCCGGAAUCCGGCAGCCAACUCCCCUUUCCACCGUCACUCUUACUUAUACCUUAUCCCCAACUAUCGCCUUGCAUCGCUAACGCAAAUACGCAAUACCGCCAGUCAUUAAAAUACUUCUUCUACACAAUACCGCUCCCUCCUCGAAACGCACAAACUGAAGUUUUCCUGUCACCCCUAAACUUCUGUUCGUCUGUUCCCCAAGCGCUAGUUCUGCGUAUGCGCAUUCCGGACCCGUUAUUUUACUGGAUAGGCAAGGGAUUUGCGUGCGCUAUACUAAAACUCGCUGAUAAGAGCGCGUCGACCACACACUAUACGCGACUGAAUAGGUAGUUUUAAAAAGCGCGUUCCCGAGUUGUUUUGCCGUUGGGCUAACUUCGUGUUCUUUUUACUCUUUGUAUUCGUACCUAAACUAUAGUCCCAUAUUCUUAAAUAUCACAUAUUACCUCACAGUUUAGGCUAACCUAACGCCGCGACGCGUUUCCUCGUGGCUGUCCAUCGGGUCCAUUGAAUCGCUGCAUGAAUACUGCAGAUUUUCAAAAUUUCAGUUUUUCUUGUUAGAGCGCGGCCCUGUGAUAACGCUGUCCUGCUACGAGCGUCGGCGUCCUACCUCGUAACCGAGCACAGCGAAAGAGCGAACGCGGAGUGCAGCGAUGGAUGAAAAAAAAAAAAAAAACGCGGCGAGAGUGGUGAGCGCGCGAGGAGGAAAGCGGAGGAGGAGGGUAUGGCGAAGGCGUGAGAAGAAAAGCGUGGUGCCGCGCACAAAGAGCUUUGCGGCGACGAUGGCUACCAGACGGCGCCAAGGCAGCGCGCGUCGUCUGCAUGUAAAUAAAGCGCUGCAUGAGCGGAGGUUGCCUGUGGCGGCUGCUGUGAAUCGCGCCAUCGCGCUUCGUCUCGCGAUCUCCCGAUUAGCGCGGCAGUCGCGCCACAUUUCGCUCCGUUUGCAACGUGCCGCACGAUACAAAUUGUCUGC